AUGCAAAAUAAAUUAUUUUUUGUGUUCUCGCUGACAUUUCUGUAUUGGGUCAAAUCUUCGCCGGUCGACCGCGGAUCAUUGGCGUUUGACAGUCUUGACACUGACAUAUCCGAUUUGAAAUAUGAAGGCGGUUUAGAAGAUUUUUUUAAAACAGACGACGAAACAAAAAGUAAGCCAAAAACAAAAAUUAACGCUUCAGGAUUUAGAAAAAAGAAAUCAAAAAACCUAGGUGUAAAAAUUGAUUAUGAUAUCGAAGAUUUAAAGAAAUUUUUGAAAGAGGCUGGUUUAAAAGAUGUUGGUUCCUACGACGAUGGAGCUAUUUACGCCUUAGCAGAGGGCAUAACGGCCAAAGGUCUUGGUGUAACUGGUAACGAAGAAAAAAAAUAUAAAAAGGGCUUUAAAACAAAAGGAUGUCACAGAAUUUCACACAAGGAUGAGUAUCAGAAGGAUAAAGAGUUUUACAACGAAGAUGAAACUAGCGGUGUUAUAAAGAAAGUGGGUGCAAAAGGUUUCGGCUUUAAGAGUGGUAUAGGAGCUGAAAUUGGCAAAGGGUACUUCAAACACAACCGUGCUAAAGGUUUAUAUGGAAAAACUGGUUUCUCUGAUGUAGGAAAUCUUAAUAAAGAUUAUGAAGGUUACGCGGAUUCCGACGGAAUUGAAGAAUAUUUUGACGUUGAAAAGCAAUAA